UAAACUCUGUGACGUCAGCUGCGUGUAAAUCCACCGCCGCGCGGCCUGAUCGGUCUUUUACCUCUGCGGUGCUGUUGGGGCGGCAGGCCUGUACUCUGUCUGUGGAAGAACUAACACUCAACCAGCAAAAUGAUCAUCUUCAGGGACGUCAUCAGCGGUGAUGAGAUGUUCUCAGACGCCUUCAAGUACAAGGAAUCUGACUGCGGAUUCUUCUUUGAAGUCGAGGGGACGACUGUCGUCAGGUCAGAGGGUUUUGACGACUCCUUAAUUUCAGCCAAUGCCUCUGCCGAGGAAGCCAGUGAGUCUAAUGAGGCUUCUGUUUCUCGUGGCGUGGACAUUAUUCUUAACCACAACCUGAAGGAGACUCCUGCCUUUGACAAGAAAGCGUACAUGGCACACAUUAAGGAUUACAUGAAGGCACUUAAGGCCAAGCUGGAAGAGACCAAUCCAGACAGAGUAGCGCCAUUUAUGACUGGUGUCCCAGCUGUGAUUAAGAAGAUUGUUGGAAACCUCAAGAACUACGAGUUCUUCACAGGAGAGUCCAUGAAUCCAGAGGGCAUGGUGGGACUGCUGGACUACCGUGAGGAUGGCAUCACACCGUUCAUGCUUUUCUUCAAAGAUGGUCUAUUGGAGGAGAAAUGUUAACUACCUGGAACUACAUUUUGCUUCUCAACUGGCUGCUGCUUCUCAAAAGGCUCCAUUUGCAGACAGGGGAGCACUAUUUAGCAUCAUAACUGAACAGAAACCUUCUUGUACAGUCGCCUACAUAUUUGCAUCACGGCAUCAAACAACGCUGGAUGAACCAAACAUGACUGGUUGCUGAAAUGGUUUUAACUGUCCAAAUUUUUUGUCCCCGGGAUUGGCAGGUUUAUUUUUUCCACAAUUGAAAAGAAGUUGCAGGACAUGGAGUGAAAUUCCAACACAAAAAUUUUUCCUUCCGUUUCACUUUUAAAAACAAUCAAUGCAAGUUGACUUCCUCAGACAUCUUUACGGUUGCAUUCAGUAAAAAUUCCAUCUACAAGGAAGACUUUAAAUAAAGCCUCGUACCACCACUUGGA